CAUGUUCUGGAAGUUUGAUCUCCACACAACUUCUCAUAUUGACACACUUUUGGAGCGUGGGAAUGUGACCCUUUUUGAACUUUUGGAUGAGGAAGAUGUGUUGCAGGAAUGCAAGGUGGUCAACCGAAAACUUGUAGACUUCCUGGUACAGCCAGAACAUAUGGAAACUCUGGUCACCUGUGUGACUGAGGAGCCCCCUGGAGAUGUGGAUGAAAGAGUGCGCUAUAAAUAUCCAAGUGUUUCUUGCGAGAUCUUGACAUCAGACGUCACACAGAUAAAUGAUGCACUGGGUGAGGAUGAAUCUCUCCUGCGACGUCUCUAUGGCUUCCUUCAGACUGGUGGAAUCCUCAAUCCUCUGUUGGCCAGCUUCUUCAGCAAGGUUAUGGGGAUUCUUAUCAAUCGUAAGACUGAUCAGAUAGUUGCCUUCUUGCGUAAGAAGGAUGACUUUGUCAACCUGCUGCUACAUCACAUUGGUACCUCAGCCAUCAUGGACCUCCUGCUGCGACUCCUAACCUGUGUAGAGCAAUCACAGCUCAGGCAAGACGUAUUCAAUUGGCUUAAUGAGGAGAAAAUUGUACAGAGGCUUAUUGGGAUGAUCCACCCUUCAAAAGACGACAAUCAACAUUCCAAUGCUUCGCAAUCUUUGUGUGACAUUAUCCGGCUGAGCCGUGAACAGAUGAUCCAAAUCCAGGAUAGUCCUGAGCCGGACCAGUUACUGGCCACGCUUGAGAAACAGGAGACAAUUGAGCAGCUGCUAAGCAAUAUGCUGGAUGGAGAACAGAGCGAAUCUGUCAUAGUCAAUGGGAUCCAAGUCUUGCUGACCCUGCUGGAACCACGAAGACCCAGGAGCGACUUGGGUGGCAUAGGGGGCUUUUAUUGCAAUCUGGAGGGGCAGAUGGAGAUAACUGGUCCCAGCUGUGAAGUGGCUUCCAGCCAGGCCAGUUUGGGCACUCUGCAAGCCAUCAAACAGCGUCUCAGGGAGCUUCAUCGGCUGCUCCUUGAUCCACCAAAGAAAGAGGCCCUGCAGACUACCUGGGGGGUCCUGGACCCUCCUUUAGGAAACACUCGUCUGCAUGUCGUGAAGCUGCUGGCCAGCUCAUUGGGUACAAACAACACAGCACUGCGAGAUGAGAUCAUUGAACUUGGGGCCCUUGACACUAUGUUGAACCUCUACUUCAAGUAUACCUACAACAACUUCUUGCACGCCCAGGUGGAGGCCUGCCUUAGCAACAUUUUCAGCCCCCUUGUUGGAGAUGAAACGAUAGAGAACCACCCAGAGCCCCACCCAGAAAGUCCAGUCAUCCAACAUUUGCUACAGAAAUGUCGCUUAAUCCAAAGAAUUUUAUCUGCCUGGGAGGAGAAUGAGCAGUCUCAAUUGGAUGGGGGAAGACGCAUGGGCUAUAUGGGGCACCUCACCCGGAUUGCCAAUGCCUUAGCUCAAGGCUCUGAGAAGUGGCCUCAUUCAAAUCUCAUCAAGCAGCUCUUAAAAGAGAUGCCUGAAGAAGACCAAGAACAGUGGGAAAAAUUUGUCUCGGGACCUUUAUCAGAAACCAAUAAGAAGAACACUGUGGAUCUAGUUAACUUGCACAAUCUCCACUCAUCAAGCGAUGAUGAUGAGAACGAUCUCAAGGAGUUCAGCUUCCCUCAGGAGGCUGUCCUACAGCAGGCUUUCGUAGGUUAUCAAAUGCAACAGAUGACUUCAUUUAUUGACCACUUUGGUUUUCAUGACGAAGAAUUUGGCGAGCAAGAAGAGAAUGUCAAUGCUCCUUUUGACAAAACGGCCAACAUCACCUUCUCACUGAAUGCAGAUGAUGACAGUCCCAACGCCAACCUUUUCGACAUCUGCUACAAGGAGCGAAUUCAGCAAUUUGAUGAUGAUGAAGAGGCCGAUGGCUCUGAUGGGGAGGACAUCUGGCAGGAGAAGGAGAGGACUAUCACUUCGGGUACUGCACAGUCUAUGACGGUUAGAAGACUCGGUAGCACAGAUAGUGAAGAUAGUGAAGACUCAGAAGGUGAAGGGGGUGAGGAAGAAGAUCCUGGUGGGGGAGAUGGAGAGGCCGUCCCUGUCAGCAAUGGCUGUGGUGAACAAACAGAAGCGGAAAGAACAUUAGGAGAUCCUAGCUGGGCAGACAGGUCUGAGCCGUCCGCAAAGUCUACAAAAUCCUCACAACUGGUGGCAGCUGAUACAGGAGCAGCAGUGUGGGACCAACCUAACUCAGGUGCCUCCUGCUCUGGCAAAGAUGAGAAUUGGGCCUCCUUUCCAGAACCCCCUGUACAACAAGAGAGUUCUAAAGUGCUCACAGAGCCAGCCAUCCUCUCUCAGGAAGUGGCACAAAAUAAUGGGUCCCAAGUAGAAGCAGUCUCUAGUGUUCCACAGGAUCCUCCCACCCCAGACACAGGCCCUCCAGAAGAGGGGAACCCACCGAACUCUUCUAUCGUGACAACAGUAGCCAGCACAAAAGAACCUCCCCCAUCUACCUCUGAUUCCAGCCAGACCCAGCCACUUCAGGGGACAACAGAGACACCACAACCUGAGCACAUCAACCCACAGAUAGAGCAACAGCAGCCAUCGGCAGCCAGGUAA